AUGAACCUAAUCAUAACCAUCCUCACCAUCACAGUAGCCCUAUCCUCAAUCCUAGCAAUCGUAUCCUUCUGACUACCUCAAAUAAAUCCGGACGCAGAAAAACUAUCCCCCUAUGAGUGUGGAUUCGACCCACUUGGAUCCGCCCGACUACCCUUCUCACUACGAUUCUUCCUAGUAGCAAUCCUGUUCCUCCUAUUUGACCUAGAAAUUGCCCUCCUUCUCCCCCUGCCAUGAGGAGACCAACUCCACAAUCCCACCGGAACAUUCUUUUGAGCCGCUACAGUCCUAAUCUUAUUAACCCUAGGACUAAUUUACGAAUGAACCCAGGGCGGCCUAGAAUGAGCAGAAU